AUGGAGGUCCCUGAGGGGCAGGAGCCCCCCCGCAGCGCUGACGGCUUCCUGAUUUCGUACGCAUCCAUAAGCAAGCAGCAGGCCAAGGAGAUAUUCUCGCGCACCCUGCCCGUCCCCGAGGGCGUGCUGCGGCGCCACAUCGACAUUGUCGCCCCUGUGAACGCCAAGUUCGCCUCCCAGCGGAUGGCGGAGCGCCAGCAGAUCCGCGACACCAACCGCGUGCGCUCCGCGCCGCACGACACCCACAUCAAGCUGACGCAGACGGUGCUGAUGCAGUACGGCGGCCGAAUCCUGGACCCUCUGGCCAUCACAGCCUACGAGGACGCGGUGCAGCAGCAACACCAGCAGCAGCAGCAGGCGGCACAGCAGCAACAGCAGCAGCAGCAGCAGCAGCAGCAGCAGCAACAGCAGCAGGGCUCGCAGGGACAGCCGGCGGCGCAGCAGGCUCCGCCGCCCGCAGCUGUGACGGCGCCUCCGCCACAGCAGCAGCAGCAACAGCAGCAGCCGCAGCAGCAGGCUCCGCCGCCCCAGCAGCAGCAGCCGCAGCACAUGCAGCUGCCACCACAGCAGCAGCAGCACAUGCAGACGCCUCUGCUGCCACAGCAGGCAGCGCCGCAGCAUGCAGCGCCCGGCUCUCCUUCGCCAUCCGCGGCCAUGAGCCAGCAGCACCAGCAGCACAUGGUUGGUGCUGUGGGAGCAGGCGGCAUGGGCAUUGCGCAGCAGCCAGCGGCGAUGGUGAGCUAUCAGCAGCAUCUUACGCCCCAGAUGGCGCCGCACGCCGCGCCACAGAUGGCGCACGCAGGCAUGCAGGGUAUGGGCGUUGCUGGGGCGGGCACGCCACCCCAGCAACAGCAGCAGCAGGCUUUGCCGCCGCAGCAGCACGUGCAGGGGAUGGGUGCCGUGGGCAUGCAAGCUGGCAUGGGGACCCAGCUGCAGGCGUCGCAGGCCGCCUUGCAGCAGCAGCAGCACCAGCAGCAACAGCAGCUGCAGCAGCAGCAACAGCUGCAGCAGCAACAGCAGCAGGCCAUGUUUGCGCAGCAGGCUAUGUACCAGCAGCAGCAACAGCAGCAGCAGCAACCUCAGCAGCAGAUGGCAGUCAGCGGCGGCUUCCAGAUGGGCCAGGUAGGCGUCAGCGGCCAGAUGCAGCAGCUGCAGCCAGCGCCGCAGAUGCAGCCGAUGCAGAUGCAGCAGCUCCAGAUGCAGCAGUUGCAGCAGAUGCAGCAGCAGCCGGGCGUUGCGCAGCAGCAGCAGGGGGUGGGCAUGCAGCAGGUCCCCGGGCUGGCGGGGCAGCAGCAGCUGGCGCAGGCGGGGCAGGGCGGGCUCAUGACUGCCCAGAUGCCGCAAGGCUCUCUGCAGAUGCAGAUGCAGCCCAUGCAGAUGCAAGGCAUGCAGCUGCAGCCGAUGCAGCUGCAGCCGAUGCAGCAGAUGCAGCCUGUGCAGAUGCAGGGCAUGCAGAUGCAGCCCAUGCAGCAGAUGCCCGGCCAGCUGCAGCCGAUGCAGCAGCUGCCGCCGCAAGCGAUGCAGGGGCUGCAGCCUAUGCAGCUGCAGCAGUGGCCGGGGCAGAUGGGGCAGGUGCAGCUGCUGCAGCCCAUGCAGAUUCCAGGGAUGGCCGCCGCUCCGCAGCAGCAGAUGGCGGGGGUCAACUUCUGGCCCAUGGGGGCACAGCCAGGCGUGGCGUAUAUGAUGCAGCCAGGGAUGCAGCAGCCGCAGCAGCAGCAGCAGCAGCAGCCACCGGGUUGA